AUGCGAUUUGCCAGCUUGGACGGCAAGGAAGAGAAGCUGAUUUUUUUUCUCUUGAGUUCUGAAAGAUUAAGCCGGGUCGCCGUUAAUCGAAGGGUGGAAGAGUAUGUAACAGGUAGAAAUAAGUGUUCCCGACCCCAUAAAAAAUAUAUAUUCUUGAUCAGGAUCAAUAGCCGAGUCGAUCUAGCCGUGUCCGUCUGUGCGUCCGUCUGUAUGAACGUCGAGAUCUCGGAAACUAUAAGAGCUAGUGAUUUGGGACUUGGCAUGCAGACUCUGGUAGUUCCCAGGCAGCACAAGUUUGCGGAGCCACGUCCACUCUAACGCCCACAAAUCGUGAAAGUAUGUACUGUCGCUCUAAAACCUGUUAGAACAACCUUCUAAGUUGUUGUUGUGUUUGCGUUUCGGUCAUAUCUAUCGGUAAACCCAAUUUUUAAAAUCGAGCUAAUAUUU